CUGUCAUCUUGAAUUUUAUCUUGACAACUUUCAUCCCCCCUUAUCCGACCUGUCAUUCACUUCGUAACCUUUUUUUUUAAUAAAUUAUAAAAACUCAUUUUUUUCAUAUUUCUUCUUCUUCUUCUUUUUUCUCCUUCUCUAUAUUUCCCCCGCUAACUAUGGUUCGUCAACGGGGCCAGGGGAAGUCAACUUCCACCAAGAAGAAUAAGAAUAAUGCCGGACCGCCGGCCCUCUUCAAGAAGCCGCCCGAGGUCCUGCAGCCUUUCCUCGAGACGCUCGAUGAGAAGUGCGUGUACAUCACGCAUGUCGACAGCCACCCGCGGGACUUCAAGCAGAAGAUCUUCCUUGUCCCCACGCUCAUGAACAUUGCCCUAACGGCUGCUUUGCUUUAUCGGAUAUGGUACAUCGGGCCGUACUACCUGCGGAUCUUCGUGUCCGUCCUGGGCUACCCCAAUGAGACCACCAUGGUAGUCGACGAGAUGGAGUGGGACGAGAUCAUCCCCGAGGUCGCCAUCCGCGCCUUCAAUUUCCUACUGGACUUCCUGCUUUUUGUCUUCGUCUGGUCCUGGCCUUUCGAUUUCGUCAUAGGCGGCGAGCACGGAAGCCCCAUCAUGUGGCGGUGGAACGUCGGGUUCAGAGACCGCGAGGUUGUCGUGCGCCGGAGCAGGAAGUGGGUCGAGAGUGCCGGCGACUUCGUCCACGACGAGGGAGCAAAGAGCCUCUUCAUGUCGCGUAUUGGCGUAGCGACGGCGCCCCUGCUUAUCAACGAGAAGACGGGUUAUCUCCUCAUGAACGCCGAUUGGGACCUGGACUGGGCCGCUAUGGUUGAUGCCAACGAUAUGGUAGACGAGAAAAUGGCUGCAAUCGAAGCGUUCAAGGAAGUCGUCCUACUUUUCAGCGAGGACUACGGGUGGCUCUGCGUAGAGACGAAGACGAAUACUAGUGAAAAUCCGGAGGAAGACGAGAGGAGGCGCCAAGUAUUCGCGUUCCGAGAUGCGCUUGCAGCAGUUGGCAAGGAGCAUCUGUUUUACCGCUGGAUCGAGAUCGCUCAGUUUGAAACAUCACGACCUGGUGGUUUUACACCAGAUAGACAAGUCAAGGUUGCGCAGGAAAUCAGAGAUUUAUUCAGCAAGGAGGGUAUCGAUUUUGAUGCAUUCUGGAAGGAGAGUGUUGGCCAGGAGGGACUGGCUACUUCUUAGAUAUAAUAAGAAAUAAGGAACAUGCAGUUUGAAUUGAUGGUCAACAUAGUUUGUCGAUUCCGAUUGAUUGAUUGAUUCAUUUUUUGGGCUAUGUGCUACUAGCUUAGGGGGUAUGUAUAGCAAUAAAGACAGUACAAGGCAAGAUACGCAUGGUCAAGUAGGCGAGUCGAGUCGAGUCGAGUAGCAUAAUCCCGCGACGUAAGAGAAGUAAUUUACAUUAUUGUCCAUCUGGCUAGUAGACAUCAUGCAAGAGAG